UUUGUCUUUUAGUGUUUAUUUAUUUUAGUUGAAGCUGACAGCCACUUUCCCAGAUCUACCACAUGCCUCAUCAUCAUCAUUUAAUAUCACGAUCUAAUGCACGGUACUCCAGAUGAAAGCAUCCUAUUAAAAAAAGAAGCAAGCAUCCUAUUAAAAAAAGAAGCUCGUCUCUAUCGCUUCACCACUUAAACUUAAGAAAAAAAACAAAACCAGCUUCCUCUUUGUAUCAGACAGGCAAGUCUAUGAUCAUGGCUUCCUCUGCUGCUGCUGCAUCGAUCUCCCUUGUAAGGAAUCUCUCUCGCCAUCAUCAAACCCCUCUUUUGGGUUACUCUAGCUCCUUCCAUAACCUAAGGAUCUCAUCCAACGGUCCAGCUUUAUCCGCACGAUCAAGAUCCACCACCUCCUCCACUCCAGGUUUCUUCAGAACCAUGUGCAGCAGCAGCAGCGAGAACUCCAGACCAACUAAGAUCCAAGAACUCAACGUGUACGAGUUCAACGAAGGCGACCGACACAGCCCCGCAGUUCUAAAACUCGGCAAGAACCCACAACAGCUCUGCAUCGGCGACCUCGUCCCUUUCACUAACAAACUCUACACCGGAGACCUCAAGAAACGCGUCGGGAUCACCGCGGGACUCUGCGUUUUGAUCCAGCACGUUCCUGAGAAGAAAGGCGAACGCUUCGAAGCUUCAUACAGCUUCUACUUCGGCGAAUACGGUCACAUUUCCGUUCAGGGACCUUACCUGACUUACGAGGACACGCUUCUCGCCAUCACCGGUGGCUCCGGCGUCUUCGAAGGAGCUUACGGACAGGUCAAGCUUCGUCAGCUUGUGUAUCCGACCAAGCUGUUCUACACUUUUUACUUGAAAGGUGUUGUCUCUGAUUUGCCUGUGGAGCUCACCGGAAAACAUGUUGAGCCGUCGAAGGAUGUGAAGCCGGCGGCGGAAGCUCAGGCUGCUCAGCCCGGGGCCACUAUCAUAAACUUUACCGAAUAAAUAAUCAUUGUGUCGUUGAGCUUUCUCUUUCUCUUGGAUCUUAAUGGGUCUGUUUAAUGGGCCUAAAUAAUGGGCUUUUAAAUAAUGAGCCGCUUUUCGUAAAUCUAUUGUGCGAGUCCUGUGAACUCUUUUUCAUCUGAAUCCAUUAGCGUAUCAUUAUCUUGGAAAGUUGGAAUGAGUAGGAUCUUUGAUA